AUGAGUCAACGAGAGGAAGGGAAAACGGUUUUUUCCUUCUCUUCAUCAUCAUCGUAUCAGGAAGAUGAUUCUACUGGUCGAAUGUCAGGAGCCAGGAGAAUUGCUGUAACUUCCCGAUGGUUGGAUGAUACUGUAUCUUCGGGAAAUUCAUCUCCGGUAGGCUCACCAGUGAUCAAUCAUAUGGUUGUGGUGGAUGAGAUCCAUGAUGUCAAAGUAGAGGUCUUGGAGGCUGGUUUGCAUAGUAGAGGAGCAUCAUCAUCGUUUGAUUCUAAAAUUGAUGAACAGUUUGGAAAGAUUGAGAGGAAGAAACAACGUAUUAACGUGGUGUCCUGGAGUGCCACAAAUGAUUGGUGUUCCAAGGUCUGUCAUGAUGACAAUGAUGACAGUGAUGAAGAUGAGGAUGAGCGAAUGGAUGAUCAACAACAUGUCAACAACACCAAUAGAAGGAAACGAUCCACUCUUCAGAAAUUGGGUGAAAUGGCUCCCGAUUUGAUUUUGCUACAAGAUUUGAAUUAUGAACAAACCAUGAAAGCAAUGAAAUACUUGACAAAAGCUGAAGAACAUUUGCAUGAUGCGUACGAUGGAAAUGAAGAAGACUUGGAGCCUCCUGUUUAUAAAUGGUUUUGCUGUGGUCACAAACAUACUUCCGAACCAGUCAAGGUCUCCAAGUCCUGUAAUUCCGAUGAUGACGAUGAAGGAGUACCUUCCUCCCUUAUAUCUCCACUAGCAUCCAUGGGUGGUAAUCAAUCCAUCAUUUCUGCCUUGUUGAAAAAUGAUGUGAAGAAGAAAAUUGAGGCCGACCAAGAUCCCGACGACUUGGUCAAUGAGUAUUUACCAAUUAUUUAUAAUUCUGAGACGUUAAAGUGUGUGGAUUGUGGUGCGUUUUGGUAUAGCAAAACUCCACAAGAGGCAGGCUCCAAGUCGUGGGAUAGUACUGUACCACGUUUUUGUAAUUGGGGUGCUUUUAUUUUCAAGCCCUAUGAUGAAGAGGAUGACCACAUUGAUUUACUUGUAUUUAAUACACAUUGGGAUCAAGGAGUGGAGGCAAGAAGAUAUGCUUCCAUAUUAUUGAGACAAGAAGUGCUAAACAGAAUGUCUGUCUACAAUGCUAUAACCAAUAGAACCACUUUUAUUCCUACCAUCAUUGGUGGAAAUUUGAACAGUUUACCAAGAUCCAAUGCUCUCAGCAUUUUGGUUCAAGGACAAGAUUUGGGUGCACACAACAGUGAUGUUAAUUUAUUGGCAGACAGUGACGAUGACGAUGACGAUGAAGAUGAACAAGUUGAAAAAAUUGAUAAGGAAAGUCUCAUCAUUCCAUGCCAGAGACAGUUAAUGCCUCCUCAAGCUGCUGGAACAACAUUACAAAAAUCCGCAACUGUUAAAAAAGAGGAUGACAAGGAUUUCGUCAAGAUAGAAGAAGUGAGCGAAGAGGAAGAAGCGAGUGACGCAUCCUCAGAAUCUUAUUCAGGAACGUGGUUCCAUAACCUUAAUUUACAACCCACCUUUGUUGAUUUUGAAACCAACACGUUCGAAACAGUAGAUUAUCUUUUUGUAUCUCCCUGUGUGAAAACCAUGAAUUUACAAAUACUCGAUGCAGAUUUAAGUUGUGGCGAAACACACAAACCACAUGUAGCCACAUUGGAAAUGUGA